AUGGGGAAGAUCUGUAUAGUACUUGAUGACGUGAACAACGGAGAUAUCGAAUGGGGCUUUGUGCUGAGUAAUUUGUCGAUGAACCUGCAAGGAAGCAAAAUAAUAGCGACUACACGUAAGGAGGAAGUUUUUGGUCAGAUGAAGCAGGUUUCUCUACAGAAACUGUCAAAAUUGAGUGAUGAAGAUUGUUGGUCUCUAUUUGAGAAAAUUGCAUUCGGAAAUGGAUUAGGUAAGACCGACGAGUUGACCAGAAUAGGAAGGCAAAUUGUGGAGAAGUGUCAAGGAGAAGCUUUGGCUGCAAAGAUUAUUGGGAGCUUUUUGUGCUCUAAAAAACAUGAAGAUGAUUGGUUGUUCGUCCUCAACAACAAAAUUUGGGAUGCUGAAAAGCGGGAUGAAAGGCUCAAGGGUAUAUUGAAAUUGAGGUAUGAUCAUUUAGCACCACCUCUAAAAAAAUGCAUCUCGUACUGUUUCAUAUUUCAUAAAUGCUCGGUCAUUAACAAAAAUAAGCUCAUUCGGUCGUGGAUGGCGGAAAACUUUCUUGGUUCCUCGAUGGAAGUCAGAGCUCUGGAGAGUAUAGGCAAGGAAUAUUUUAAUAUUUUGAUGUGUAAUUCCUUUUUCAAAAUUGUGAAAAGAAACGUCUCGGGUGAAAUAAAGUCAUGCAGGAUAAACGAUCUCAUUCAUGAUCUUGAACCAUCCAUUGUUGAGGCCGAAUGCUCAAUAGUGGACGUUAGCGAGAUUAAUGAAGGAAAGGGAAUGGAUCGAAUCCGUCGUAUGUGCUUGUUGUUCGGGACUGAUCAUGACAUAUCAUACAUACCGACCGGGACGUACAAGGCAAUGAAAUUGCGCACGUUAAAUUAUUCUGUUUCUAGAGUCGGAAAGGAGAUCAUUAAAAGAGUCCCUGAGGAUUUGUGCUUCAAGCUGACCUUCUUACGUGUUCUGGAUUUAAGUCACAGUGCAAUCAGAGAGUUGCCAUCUUCGAUAGGCAAACUGAAACUCUUAAGUUACCUCGAUAUCUCGUACACUUCUGUAACAACGUUACCAGACUCUCUCACUAAACUAUACAAUUUACGAACUUUGAAGCUCAAGUCAUGUUGUUUAAGAGAGUUUCCUAAAGAGAUGAGAAAACUGAUCGGCUUGAGGCAUCUCAUAAAUAGUAACAACAGAAGUGGUCAGCCUAAAAUGCCAUUCGAGUUAAGUAAACUAAGCUGCCUGCAGAAAUUAUCAGUGUUUGCUGUAAGUAAGGACAGUGGUUUCGGUAUAAAAGAGUUAAAAGUCCUCUCUCUUCUUGAAGGUAAAUUGCAGAUUCAUAAUUUGGAAAACGUAAGCAAUGAAAGUGGUGCAGAGGACGCGAAUUUGAAAAACAAGACAAAAAUUAGCCAUGUCGAACUGUAUUGGUCCAAGGAUACAGGCAAGCAUACCGACACUGCUUCUAAUGUUUUAGAACAUCUCCAACCUCCCCAGAGUCUGAAAAACCUUGUCAUUCACAACUUUCCGGGUAGAGAAUUCCCUACAUGGUUGCCUGCUAAUCUCCCAAAAUUGGUAUCUAUCUCUUUGGUUAAUUGCUAUAGUUGUCAACUUCUUCCGGCUCUAGGGAAACUUAAGUCUCUUAAGGUGCUUCAUUUACGGAAGAUGAAUUCAGUAGCAUUAAUUGAUGACAAGUUCUAUAGAGACAGUGAAGAGCCAUUCAGUGCUUUGAAAGAACUUCACCUAAGUGAGAUGUCCAAUUUGAAGUGGUUCAACUCCUCUUCUUCUUGCUUUGGUUGUCUAGAGUGGUUGAAGAUUGAUAAAUGCACAAAGCUAAAUGUUACACCAACUCUGUUUCCAUCUCUCCAAAAAUUCGAAGUUUCAAACAGCAUUGGUGUAGCAAUAAAUUCACUGGUGGCAAGCAAUCUAAAAACUCUCACUUCCAUCGAGAUAACACGUUCUGUGGAGCUUACGAGUCUACCUCAUGGACUGCUUCAAGGCAACGGUGUCCUGCAGAUUCUGGAAAUUAGUGAUUGUAAGAACUUCGAUGGCAUUCUACCAAAACAGCAAGCGCAUCAAUCUCAAGUACGUCACAACAGUUCUCUCAAGUCAUUACGAAUAUAUCAUUGCCCUAAACUAACGAGUCUGCCAACUGUUCAAGGCUGGAUUUCACUCCACGAUCUACGUAUCGUUGAUUGCCGAAGACUGAAGUUUUUACCAGAUGGUCUGCAAGACCUAUCAAAACUUGAGUACUUGCACAUUGGUGGGUUUUCAGAAGACUUGGAAUGCCUGCCGGACCAACUUCAAGUCCUUACUUCAUUACAGCAUCUUAUUUUGGAAGAUUUUCCUUCUUUGGUGACUCUGCCAAACUGGUUGGGUAAUUUUUGUUUCCUUAGGAAAUUGGUAAUCCGUCGCUGUGAGAAGCUGAAGAGUCUUCCUUCUGAAGAACAGAUGCGACGCCUCACGGCACUACAAAUUGUACAACUAGAACAAUGUCCUCUUCUGGAGGAUAAAGGCUUAGGCGGGGAAUCAGAUAAGUUAGCCCACAUUAUUUUGCAGCGUGAUCGCCCCUACUAG